AUGCGCUCCACCUUGCUGCUUGCUGGCGCCUCGGCCGCCUUGGCCCUCGACGCCUGCAACGUUGCCAUGAUGGAAGACGUCUACGCGGUCAUCCAAGGCCCGCUCGGCGCAUCCUGUGCCUCGGCGGUCGGCCUCGACACGAGCAAUGCACAAAAGAUGCCCAUGGACUAUGUAUUUACACAUAUUACGUCCCCGACGCUACUCGACGCCUUGGGCAAGUCGGCCGCGUGUACGAGUUGGUGGUCGGCGGUCACCAAGUCGAUGGCAACGGUGCCCAACUGCACGCUGGGCCCUGUCUCGCUCCAGCAAGUCCAGGCCAUGACGAUUGCGCAGUACUUUGCCGCCAACAACGACUACAUCAACCAUGUGGAAACCAACAUUGCCAACAACACGACGGAUGCACCGAUCCCGGUCUUGACGACGGUGCUGCCGACGACGACGACACCGGCCGCGACGACCACGAAGGCGCCGGUCAACCCGACGGGCGGUGCGUCCGCAGCGACGAUUUCGCUCGCAAUUGCCUCGAGCCUGGUCCUCUACCUCCUUCUUGCCUUGACGGCGACGGCGUCGGCCGUGCUCUCGCCAUGCAACUUCAACGACCUCGACGCGACCUAUAAGAUCAUCCAAGGCCCCCAGGCGGUCGCAUGUGCAUCGGCCGUCGGGCUCGUCCAGGUCGACGCCAACAAGGCGCCGCUCGACACGAUCUUUACCAAGAUUGCGUCGCCGGCGAUGCUGUCGUCGCUGUCGCAGGCGCCGGCGUGCACUGAUUGGUGGGCGGCCGUGACCACUUCAAUGGCGUACGUCGGUUCGUGCUCGUUGGGCGGCGUGAGCCUCCGUGCGAUCCAGCACAUGACGAUCGUCGAGUAUUUUACCAACAACAACGACGCGAUCAACAACCUCCCGCCCAAGGUCACGACGUCCAUCUACGACGACGUGCCCGCGCUUGCGACGACACCGGUGGUGACCAUGGCUGAGAACCCGACGGUGACGCUUGCGCCGACGACCGUGCCGACGCCGACCACAGCCGCAGCGACGACCAAGACAACGGUGACGACGGCGCCGACGUCGUCGAGCGUUGCGGUCACGAGUACCAUGACGAGUCUUGUUGUGCUCUUGCUCGUGGCACUAUGA